GCGCCCCCCUCGCCGCGCCGCGCCGCUUCCCCCGGGCCCGCUGUAACGGGGGCGGCAGAACCCCGCGGGGGACCCGGCCCGGCCGCGCCGGCGCCGCCCCUCUCUGGGGGCCGGGCGGCGGUGACGGGACGGAUUUCGCGCAGCCCGGGGAGGGGGAAGCCGCUCCCCGCCGGCCUUUCCCGCCCCUGGGGCGGUGGCGCCGCUCCCGCCCGGCGGAAGGGAGAGCGCGGCGGUGCCGGGCCGGGCAGUGCCGUGCGGAGCGGCGGCGCCGGGAGACCUUGGCGGGAGGCGAGCGGCGGCAGAGGCGCGGAGCGGGCGCGCUCGCCGCCGCCGGGAAGCUGGGCGGGGAGACGGCCGACAUGGUGGAGGCCGCGGACGGGGCGGAGGAGGAGGAGGGCGAGACAGCGGAGAUGCUGGGCGCCGCGGACGCUGCCCUGCAGCGCAACGGGCUGCUGCCCGGCAAGGAGGCGGCCAACGGCGGAGGAUGCGCGGCGGCGCGCGGCGGCCCGGCGGCGGAGGCCGAGGCCAUGCUGCCGGCGGGCGGCGGGCGGGCGGAGACGCGCCUGUCGCGGCGGCGGCUGGCGGUGCUGGCCGUGUUCAGCUGCUACUCGCUGGUGAACGCCUUCCAGUGGAUCCAGUACAGCAUCCUCAGCAACGUCUUCGUGCGCUUCUACGGCGUCUCCUUCGCGCACAUAGACUGGCUCUCCAUGGUGUACAUGGUGGCCUACGUGCCGCUGAUCCUGCCCGCCACCUGGCUGCUGGACGCGCGGGGGCUGCGCCUCACGGCGCUGCUGGGCGCCGGCCUCAACGCGCUGGGCGCCUGGCUCAAGUGCGGCAGCCUGGCCCCGGGCCGCUACGCCGUCACCAUGGCGGCGCAGGGCGUCUGCGCCGUGGCGCAGGUCUUCAUCCUGGGGCUGCCCUCGCGCGUCGCCGCCGUCUGGUUCGGGCCCGCCGAGGUCUCCACGGCCUGCGCCGUGGCCGUGCUCGGCAACCAGCUUGGCACUGCAAUUGGCUUUUUGUUGCCACCUGUUUUGGUUCCAAAUACACCAGAUGAUAUUGAUCUAAUGGCACACAAUAUAAGCAUCAUGUUCUAUGGAACAGCAAUAGUAUCCACGCUUCUGUUCUUCUUAACAGGAGUUGUGUUUGAAGAAAAGCCCAAAUACCCUCCUAGUCAUUCUCAAGCAGUCCUUCAGACUGUGCCUCCUGAGGAUUACUCCUACAAGCAGUCAAUUAUUAACUUAUUCAAAAAUAUUCCAUUUGUACUUUUGCUGAUCAGUUAUGGUAUUAUGACUGGAGCAUUUUAUUCUGUCUCCACUUUAUUAAACCAAAUGAUAGUAACUCAUUAUGAGGGAGAAGAAGUGAACGCUGGGAGAAUUGGCUUGACACUGGUGGUGGCAGGAAUGGUGGGUUCGAUUAUUUGUGGUUUGUGGCUGGAUUACACUAAAACAUACAAGCAAACUACUUUGAUUGUUUACAUUCUCUCUUUUAUUGGGAUGGUGGUAUUUACUUUCACCCUGGAUCUUGGAUACCUUAUUGUAGUGUUUGUGACUGGAGGAGUACUUGGGUUUUUCAUGACUGGCUAUCUCCCUCUCGGAUUUGAAUUUGCUGUGGAAAUUACAUACCCAGAGUCUGAAGGCACUUCAUCAGGGCUCCUUAAUGCAUCAGCACAGAUAUUUGGAAUUAUCUUUACCCUUGUUCAAGGAAAGCUUACAACAAACUUCAGUCCUUGUGCAGGAAACCUCUUUCUUUGUGCUUGGAUGUUUGUGGGCAUUAUCUUAACAGCCUUAAUAAAAUCAGAUUUGCGAAGACACAAUGUGAAUUCAGGGAUUAUGAAUGUGGACAUUAAAGCUGUACCAGUUGACAGUCCUGGAGAUCAUGAAACUUGUACUGCAUUAAAAGUUCAAUCAGCUUUGUGAGGCUGAAAGAAGGUGACUUAGAAACGCACAAUUUUCGUUGAACACUGAACAAUACUAAUUAGUGUAAUCUCUGGAUUUGUAUGUGUAUGAGUAUUAAAAUGUGUUUGUUAGCUACUGGUGAUAUUUGUGCAGUGGAAACUGUGAAGAUGCCCAGUUCAUUUUGCCCAAGACAAACAAUUUACCUUCAUAUGGAAUGUUCAUCCUAGCAGUUUCCAAGUUUUGUAGUUUCACUAGUAAAGAACUGUAUCAGUGCUCUCCAUUCCUGGGAGAAACAUACAUUCAGGGUGCACAUGGAAAAAUCUGGAAUCCUAAAGUACAAUCAUAUCAGAAAUACCUAAUCUUUUUUUUCUUUUCCAAGAAAUCAAGAGUUAGUUAAUUUCUUACUCAGAUUUUCCUAGUGCAAUUGAAAAGUCAGAGAGUAGGUAGCUGCGCAACUGGAGGGUAUAAAUACUUCUGUUUUUUAUUUUUUAUUUUUUUUACUGUAUCUGAUGUAAACUAACUGUUCAUUCUGGGAAACUUUGUCUAUAGCACAAUACUGAAAAUGAGAGAUGACUACAAUCAUGAAUAUUUCAUACUGGCGUCUGACGUCUCUUUUGCCUUGAAAUUUCUUGAUAGAUACCAGAAGGCAUAUAAGAGAGAACUCUUUCUUAUAGAUUCCUCAUAAUACUUUGGGGGACAUGUAAAGAGUUUUCCACUAGACAAACUGAAGAAGUUUCUUAUAAAAGGAAGGAAUAAGACCUUUGAUAGCUCUACUAUGAAGUGUUUAUAGGCAAUGGAAAGCUACCACUCAGAUUGCCUGUACAGAAUAUUUUGUGUGCUUUCUCAGUUUAAGUGAGAGGAGUACAUGUUUACAAAGAGAUGGUGCCUUUACUUUGUAAAGAAGAUCCUUGCCUCUUUAAUUUAAUUAGUGCUGCUGAAGAAAUUCCUUUUUGCAUGUUUAACCUCCUCUGAAUAUUUGUGGAAUAUCAGAAAAUAUGCUCUAUCUUGUUUGCAUUGAUUUCUCUGCAUUAUGAAUUGUAUCAUUUGUGACUUGUGAAAUUUUUGUCCUCAUCAUGUAACUUGGAAGUAAGUCAUGUCUUGUCUUUCACAGUUUGUUUAAAGCUGUAAAGAUGACUGAAAGGAAAACAGUGGUGCUUCACUUCAUCUGAGAUUUUUGCUUUUUAUAUCAUGCACCUUAGUUACAAAAUGAGUGGACUUCAUUAACAUUCACCUAGCGUUAUUACAUUUAUCUGAAAUUGGGAUGUGUGUUUCUCACAGCAGGACUUCUGAAAAUGUUGUGCUCUAUCUACACAAUUACAGAAUUGAUAGUAAUACCAUAAUGCUGAGCCCGUGCUAUUACUGAGAAGUCCAACUUGAGUUAGCUGACUUUCUGCAAACGUUUCUUAGCAGAAUAGAAGUGAAAGUUCCGACAAUAUUUGUGAAGCUGUCCGUUGGUAACUGUGGGUGGCUUUUGCCUUUGGGAAAACUGUAAUAGUGUGUGCCAAUUUUUAUCUUCCUUUCCUAAACACAGAUUCAGUAAAUCAGUUAUUGUGUUCCUGGCCCAUGGUUGCUACGUAUUUGCACUAUUACAAGCCUUUAGCAAGACAUUAGCUCCGCAGUUUUGGAGAAGUGUUUCCUAAACGUCCAGUGGAAAGUCUUUGAUGGUAUGCAUAAUGCUCUCUAAAUGUCUGGUACACACUGUUCAACUUCCAAGACUGAUUUCCCCCCCCCGCCCCGCACACUUUUUUUUAAUUUUUAAAUUCUUCUCCCUGCUACUAGUUUCCAGUUUCUUUGGUGUUUAUAAGAAGUUGACUCCUUCCUUCUGGUGUUCAGUUCAUUACUGAAAAAUGCUCUAUCCCUGCUGGCUCCUUGGGUUUUAUGUUCUGCCAAAUUACUUGGCUCCCCUCUGGAAAAGAUCUAAACAAGAUUUUGGCAUUCUAGAAAGCCUGCUGGGCCCCUGAAAAGAAAAUAUUCCUAAUAAUGAAGGCUUAAUUACAUCCUGGAUUUAAUACCCCCCAAAAGGAGCUUGAAAGCUUGAAACCUGUGAGCAUGUGUUUAUCUGAAAGCUAUUUCCGAGCAAGGAUAAAGUAUAUAAAUACAAGGCCCAAUAACAAACCAGAUAUUUUAUGCAAUGGCUUUGUUGUCAGUGUCUCAAAAAAUGAGGUUCCAGCUGGUGACAGAAAUAGGUCUUAUGCUUCUGCUUUUAAUUUUUGUUUCAAAAUAAACAACAACCACCCAAUCAAAUUAUGUCUGGAAUUGGAAAUAAGGUUUCUAACUCUAUGAGCCUUGCAAUUCUGGCUCAGCUGUCAUGUAAGAACAGUGGUGGUGGUGGUGGUGGGGAGGGCUAAAAAAAAACCUACUUAGGCAAGCCUUUUAUGAAUGGAAUUAAAUGUGAACUGUGAGAGCAUGAGAUUGGAAACCAAGUCAGGAAGGACUUUUCAGUGCCAUGCAUCAGCUUUUGCUGGUCAGUAUCUUUUUCUUUAGAGUGCUUCAAGAGAACUCUUGAGGAUGCAAGAAAAUCCACGUAAAUCCAUGCUAACUUUCAACUAAAAGAUUCAAAAGGUUAGCCUCUAAAACAACUCUAGCUUUCUUCCUGCCCCAAGUGUGUGAAGCUUUUGGUAACUUCAGGAGGAGGGACCUGAAGAAUGUUGACCCAUUUUUAUUUAGGAUUCCUAAUGGGGUCUUAAAAUCCUUGUUUCUGUUGGCUAGGUUUGAAAAUUUUGGGCCUGAUAGCAUAGUCUGGAAUUUCUGCAAAGGGAAGUUUUCUUCAACUUGAAAGAUAAGUUCUUCAUAGCAUUUAUUUUGUAGAUUGUUGCUCAUCCUUUAUAGCAUCUCUUCUGCUGCUGAGUGGUCAUGUUUUGAGAGAAGGGAAGAACUGGGAAGAAUAAACAACAAGAAAUUGCAGGAUAAUAGAGCUUUCCUAACUACAUCCUCUUGGUCAUCUCUUGUGCUCAGGAUGCUCUGCUGUCUCUGAAACAAUCACUGGAGGGUGUAAUCAGAGCUGCCAGCCAGUGUUGCCUAAUGAAAAUUUGCUUUUUGAAAAAUCUUUGGACUGACUUGUACAUUUACAACCAAAUGAAAUUGGUUAAGCGAUAAGUAUUUUUUACUUUCAUUUUCCAUUCUGUGAACUUGUGAGAUUUCCUGCAUGAAUGGGAACUUGUGACCUUUUCAGUUGCUGUCUUUUUCAAUGCCUGUAUGUACCACCACCUUAAGUGUUACAGGCUACUAAUGACUGAUUCAUAGACCACAAGCUAAAUGGUAUCAUUGUAUCCCAUGUGAUUUCCCCACUACCAUGUGAUCUGAAGUCUGUUAAGAGAAGUGAGGUUAAUGCAUGAAAUAGAAUGAACUAAACAAAAAUAUUUCUGAGAAGUGUAUUGAUUUCCAAGACCCAUGUUAUUUACUGCUCAUGUAUUUGUUCUCUUCAUGAAGGUAGCAGAGAUCUUUGCUGUAACUUGUUUUUGUUAGUGUCCCAUUCUUUAUGUUUCAAGAGAAAAUUUUGAAAUUCUUACGAAUAUUCUCUCCAUGCAAUAUUGUACCUAUGCGUUUAUGUGGGGGGAAUCAUUCCUUAUCAUUAUAUGUUACUAGUGUUGUGUAUAAAAUGUAACUUGACUGAAGCCAAAAUUACCAUUUCCGAUAGCUGCUGAUACAGCUGAUGGUCUGAAAAUGAUCCAUUUUUUUCUCAAAAGCUGUCAUUUAUUGUAGGGAAAUUUUAUAUGUGGAUUAUAUACUGUGUCAUUAAUAAACAUGCAUGCAUACA